AUGUUAUCCAACGGGGCUGCGUUUAAGGAGCUUCGAAGUGCCCUUGUCGCAAAUCUUGCAAGGCAUCCCGUCUUGCUGUCCUAUAUCAUCACCGACGCCACUUCCCUCGAAUCACAGCUCGGGCUCUAUAUCAUUCUCCGCCAGAUUACAGAAAUGCUCGACCAGUGCAUCAAGAGCGAUCUAGUCGUAGACAGCCUCGAAGAUGCCGCUGAAAUCACCACGAAAUACCCAUUUCGUAUGCCGGCGCUGCUUCCAGGCCCUCUCUUUGCCGCCCUUCUGAUCCUCGUUCGGGAGAUGCAGUCAGCCGCAAUUAUCACGAGCUUUGCCCACACGGUGCUCGACAAAACUACUCACGGCAUGUUCCAUCGCGACAUCGACAUGGCUCUCAGUGGCCAGCCACUCGAAUUGCUUUUUUGCCAUCACGCCCUGUGGCCCAUCCCUACCCCGGAGAUCAUCAUUCCACCCGAUCGAGUCCACAGAGGUGGAGAAGUCGCCGUCUUCGCCGCCCCUUCCAUUACGCGUCUUCGUCAGCAGUAUCCCCAUCUGACUGCUUCUAUCGUCGUGCAAGCAGCCCUGAUCAUCUUCAUUCGUUCCCGCACCAACCACAGUCAGGCUCUAUUCAUCAACAUCAAAGCAGCGCAUUAUGAGUAUCCAUUCGCAGAGUACGGAGACUCUUUCCCCCCAUCGUCUAUCAAGACGCAUCCCGACGCAGUCGACGUCGCCGGCUCAAGCUUUAACUGGGCUUUGAGCCUCGUAGCCUUCCGCCCCGACGAGACAGUCCUCGACUUUUCGACUUGA